ACCUAAUAUUUAAAUUCUAACAGAUGCGGAUAUCAAAAGUUGGAGUCGACGCCAUAUACAACGUUCACAGAACUUCUUACAAGUACGGGCCAAUUGCAACGAUCAUCUACAAGGCUGCAGGCUCCUCUCUUGAUUGGGCUUACGAUAAGGCAGGAGUGAAGGUUGGUUUUGCGCUGGAACUUCGAGAUACUGGACGUUAUGGUUUCCUCCUCCCUAAAGAACAGAUCAUCCCAACAGCUGAAGAAACAUGGGCUGGUAUCCAAGCCAGCAUCCGAGCAAUUUAAAUUUCGAAUGUUAAUAAUAGACCUGGAAGUCGGUGUUUCAAAUUUGACUCUUUCUAAGCGAACUUAAGAUUUAACAAUAGUAGCAUUAUUUUUUACAGAUGUAUAUGUAUUUUUAUGUGUAUAUGGAUAUUACAUAUAAUUUGAAAUGAAAAUAAAAGGAGUCCUUCGAAAAUAA